UGUGCUCUGGGAUGAGAUUGAGGAAGAUUUUACUUUGGGUUCUCAGAUUCUCUUAGUGAAGAAUGGUUCUGACAAAUGGUUCUUCGGUAACAGAAUUCAUUCUCUUGGGUUUAACGGACAACCCUGACCUCCAAAUACCCCUGUUCUUAGUUUUUCUAGUAAUGUAUAUGAUCACUGCCUUGGGAAAUUUGACUUUGAUCAUUCUAAUUGUUCUGAACUCUCACCUUCAUACCCCCAUGUACUUUUUCCUCUUUAACUUGUCUUUCAUAGACCUCUGCUAUUCUUCUGUUGUUACACCCAAAAUGCUGAUGAACUUCUUAGUAAAGAAGAAUGUUAUUGGUUUUGCAGGAUGUAUGACCCAGCUCUACUUCUUUUGUUUUUUUGUCAUCUCUGAAUGUUAUGUGCUGACUUCAAUGGCCUAUGAUCGCUAUGUGGCUAUCUGCAAUCCACUCAUGUAUAAUGUUGCCAUGUCCCCUAAGGUCUGCUUCUUUCUUAUGAUUGGUUCAUAUUUGAUGGGGUUUUUUGAUGCCAUGAUCCACACCGGAUGCAUCCUGAGACUGACUUUCUGUGAUGGGAACGCAAUCAACCACUACUUCUGUGAUCUCCUGCCUUUGAUGAAACUCUCCUGCACCAGCACCUAUGUCAAUGAGAUCGAGAUUUUCAUUGUAGGGGGGAAGGAUAUUACUCUACCCAGUAUUGUCGUCUUUAUAUCUUAUGGCUUCAUCCUUUCUAGUAUCCUCCAAAUAAGAUCCACUGCUGGAAAGUCCAAAGCCUUCAGCACCUGCAGUUCCCACAUAAUUGCCGUUUCCAUGUUCUAUGGAUCAUGUGCAUUUAUGUACCUAAAACCCUCCUCAAUUGGAUCUUUGAAUGAGGGAAAAGUAUCUUCUGUUUUCUAUAAUAUUGUGGUCCCCAUGAUGAACCCUUUAAUCUACAGCUUGAGGAACAAAGAUGUUAAAGUUGCCCUGAGAAAAACUCUGAAUAGAAAAAAGUUUUGA